AUGGCGGGGCAGACGGCGUGCCCCGACGGCAGCGCGUGCUUCAGCACGUGGAUGACGUGUGAUGGCCACGUGGACUGCGCUGACGGGUCGGACGAGAGUGACGUGGCGUGUGCGGGGAAGACGCCACCGCAGGAUGGGGCGGGGGAGGGGGAGGGGGAGGGGGAGGGAGAAGCAGAGGAGAUAAGCGAUUCUGACAGCGAUACUGAUGGAAAUCUCUCAGAAACACAGAACGAGCCAGCCACCUGCCCGCCCGGUUCCAUCUCCUGCCCCUCCUCCCCCGCCUCCUCAUCCGCUUUCUCCUGCGUGAAGGGUGCUCUCUGUGAUGGCAUCAACGACUGUCCCUUGGAAAUCGAUCCCUUUGCUCCCUCCUCCGCUCUCUCCGCCUCCUCCUCCGCCUCCCCCAUGCUCCCUUAUUCCAUCGACGAACACCCCCUUUUCUGCAGCUUUUUCACCUGCCAGCCGGGCUACCGGAAAUGUUUGAACGGGUACGUCUGCGUGAGCGACAAGCUGUGGUGUGAUGGUGUGAACGACUGCCCGAGUGUAAACCUGGUGACAGGAAAAGAUAUGUCGGCUAGAGAUGCAGCUGAGGCAAUGGCUGCUGUUCUAGCAGCAGCCGCAGCCGCACGAGCAGCAGUUUUUGCCUCUGGCAGUAAUUCAACUGCUUCUAACGGGAAUAUUGCUUAUAACGGAGCGGCGUAUAAAGGAGCGGUGCCUGCGGCGACUGCAGCGUCUGCGGUUUAUACGGAGGAUGAGAACCCGGCCAUGUGUGCCAAACACGUGUGCGCUGAGGGCACGAUGCGCUGUGCCGUGAACAGUAAAUGCUUGGACGCCGCCCGGUGGUGCGACGGGAUCAUCGACUGCCCCGUUACCAAAAAAGGAAACGUUACCGUAAAGGCCAUCCCGAGCAGCAGCAGCAGCAGUGGGAAGGGGAGUGCAGUGGUAACAGGGGAGGAUGAGGAUCCGGGUGUGUGUGCGAGGUGGAGCUGUCCUGAUUGGGGCAGGAAGUGCAGCAACGGAGUGCAGUGUGUGGCUCGCGAGCACUGGUGUGAUGGCGUCUCUGACUGCCUUCCAUCCCCCUCCUCCUCACCAUCCCUGCCAGCAGCAGCAGCAGCAGCAACAGUGCCAGCGCCAUCAACAUCAGCAUCGGAUUCACCAGAGCCGUUCAACGAUGAGGAUCGCGCCAUGUGUGCGGCGCUGGUGUGCCCCGAGGGCCAGCGCCGGUGCCGCAACAGCUGGCAGUGCCUGGCGGAGCGCCGGUGGUGCGACGGCAGCAGCGACUGCAUCCACCCGGACAGCGCGAGCAACAGCAGCAGCAGCAGCAGCAGCAGCAGCAGCAGCAGUGACAGGAGUCCAUCUGGUGACAAGCAGCAGCUUGCUCCAGGGGACGAGGACCCGGUGUUCUGCCGCUCCUUCCGCUGCCCCGCAGGCAUGGGCAAGUGCCGCACCGGGCUGCAGUGCGUGCCGCUCAUACAGGGAGGUGGGAUUGACGCGUCCAAGUGCCAAGGUGCUGCCACUGACAGUGUUGACCCACAGGAUGCGGGCAGCAACAGCGACUCGCCAUUGGACCCUGGGAAUGGGGCUGCUGACCCGGGCAGCCAAGAAACGGGCAGCAAGAAAAAAGGCAAAGGGAAGGGGAAAGGCGGUGGCGGUGCAAAAGGCGGGGCAGGAGGGGGAGGUGGGGGAGGGGGAGGGGGAGGAGGAGGGAAGAGUGGUGGCGGAGCUCUAAAGAAGGCAGCAGAUGCUGUUGUGAAAGGACUCAAAGGCAAAGGCAGGAAGGGGAAAGGCAAGGGGAAAAAGGGAUGA